GCGGGGGUCCGCGCGCGCGCUCCGGGGGCGGGGCUUCCCUCAGGACAAGACAUUAGUCUAGAUGUAGUAAAUUGGAAGAAAUGGAGGAAAGGAAGAUCAAGAGGAGGAGCCCCAAAUCAUCUUCCAGUCACUCUACUCAGGUUGCUAACUCCAAGAAAAGCUCAGUGCCAGUCAGUAAAAGUACAGCCUUUUCCAACCCUGCCCCACAGCCUGCCGUGCAAAAACCAAAGUUAAAACGUGUGAUCAAAGAGAAAGCCAAACCUCCAGGAGGUGAAGCAAAAGGGGCACAGGCAGCACCAAUCCAGCAUUCUUUUCUCACAGAUGUAUCAGAUGUCCAGGAAAUGGAAAGGGGACUUCUGAGUCUCUUGAAUGAUUUCCACUCUGGCAAACUUCAAGCAUUUGGAAAUGAAUGUUCCAUUGAGCAGAUGGAGCACGUGCGGAGUAUGCAGGAGAAACUUGCUCGCCUCAAUCUGGAGCUCUAUGGGGAGAUGGAAGAACUCCCUGAAGACAAAAGAAAACUAGCCAGUGAUUCCAACCUGGAUAGACUGCUGUCAGAUAUUCUCUAGGAGUUUGCAUGCUGAUAAAUGUACCUUGGAGUUUCUGCCUGUAGCUGGGUACAUACCUGUGAGCUGAAGUCAAGCUGAAGUCAGCUGAAGAGAACUAGAAUACGACAAGCUUCUCACAAAGUGAAGCCAAGGUUGGUGUUUGUUCUCCUCAUAUACACCUCUGACCAAUAAUUGAGCAAUUAUCAUUUCUGCACAGAACCUUCUCAAGUCAGCACUAUGCACUUGUUUCUGGGCAGACUUCUGAACAUCAAGUAAAAAAGUAGUAUCUUUUAGCUUUGUGCCUCAUACCAGGUGUGGCAAAAAGAGCUGCAGUUACACAAACAAAAUUGUAUUCUUGCAGCUCAUUUGGAUGCUGGAGCAGAGCUCUCUGCUUACUAGCAGCUUAUUGCCAGCAAGUGCAGUGUAUCACAGCAUGGUAAUGCACUCGUCCCAAAGCACACUUUUAAUAUCAGAGUUCAAAUAUUCUGUAUUAGAGGCAGAUCUUUCCCAUUUCUGGGCUCUUGACUUCAACCUGCUUAGGCUUACUAUUUCAAACACAUUUCAAAUCACUUACAAAUGUGUUGGAUGUCUUGAUCUCAUUUCUGUAGCAAUUUAUGCAAAGACAGAAUGUAUAAUUUCAGAUACAGACAUAGUAAUAAGAACAUACCUUUCUCAAGCAGCUGUUUAGAAUUAUACAAAAAUUAGCCCCUUUUCCUUCAAUUGCUUUAAACCCAUGGGCAAUUACAAGUCACAAAGAAUGCAUUAAUUGUAAAUAAUUGAGAAAUUAAGGAAUUCUUUUUCCCUUACCUCCUCCUGGAUACAACUUUGUGUCUUUGAUACAGUCCAUUAAUGGCAGGUGUUUAUUUACUUCUGGAUUCAUACAAGAAAAUUUUGUAGCAAGACUUUUGAGAUACUGAACUCUUUUAUGUGGUAAUGAACUAAUCACAGUUCUAGGCUCCUGCAGGGAAAGAAGAAAAAUCUACAGUAAUGUAUUUGUGAAAAGUCUUUUGUAAUUAUGAAAGUAUGUAAGUGGCUGCAGAAAAUGAGCUCCUUUUCUGUUGUUUCCUGAAGAGUUGUUUAUGGAGACUGAAGUGUAUUAAAAGUUUAAUAUAUUUACCGGUGUGAGUUUAGGCCAGUGUUGUUGUUUAAAAACUCACACUGAUAAAUGGGUCUUGGUGUUUGGAAGAAGGUGCUCUUUGCUGCAUUGCUGUGGGGAAUCUGGGACACAACUUACAUUUUCCUCUAUACUUCCAGUUCGAGGCAACACCACUGGAAUAAACAGAUGGGCUGAGUGUAUUAAUAUAUGGCUUAAUGCCUGGUGUCACUGCUGAAAUUUUGGGGUUUUGACAAUGCAAUGGCCUAUGCAGCACCAGCCUGCUGACAUCAGAUGGGAUUCAUCCUUCUCAGUGAGGGAGGAGAGUCUUUGCUCAGGAAGGAGCAGGGCUCACUGGCAGAGCUUUACAAUAGAUGGGAUGGGAGAUUGGGACAGUACCAGGCUUGUCCCUGGCAAGAUGUGGCAUGAGAUGCAAAGGUCCUUUGCCACUCGCAGCUGUGCUGGCCACACUGGAGCACACCUGCAGUCCCAGGGACUCAUCUGGUAGCAGAAGCCAACAGGAAGACCCAAGGAGGAAACAUGUCAAAGAAAAUAAGGAGUGCUCCUUUGGGAAGGAUUCAUUCUGCAAUGAGACUAAACAUUAUAGAUUUCUGAAUCAGCAACAAACUUUGCUGAAAUAAAGCUUUACAAAGAGACUUGUGGCACACAUCCACAAGAGUUGUACAUCUCUCUCCCCUAAGUAAAAAUAAAUAAAUAAAUCCGUAUGUUUUUAGUAGUUGAUGUUAGAUAUAAAUUUUGAAUCUUAAAAAUGAGUCAUUGUGAUAUACCAUAAUUUCUCCACUAUUUAGAAAUACUAAGAUUUAUAUAAGACCUCCAACUUACAGCUCUUUAAUCGUAUUAAGCCAACAAAAACCUGAACAUGAAAUAACCAAUAACAAUUCCUCACAAAUUGAGAGGCUGGGACCAGAAUGAAUGAAUGAGUACUUUGCAAAUUAUCUGAUCACGCUGAUCAAUGCAAUAUUGCAGCAUCAAGCCAAAAUACUAGAACAGAUACAGUCUAACAGUUAAGCAAGUGCUAAUACAAGAAGUAUUUAUACAGAACUUUAAAAAUUGCAAUGUAUAUGUGAAAGAAAAUAGGUGUAUGUUAGGACAAAAAUCUAUGCCAUCUUCAUGAAAAUAUUAAACCCAAAAUCCUAUUUUAUAAUCCAAAUUACAUCUACUUUCAAUUUUAGACAGUACUCAAUUUGGAUUAAUUCACAUCAGGGCAGUUUUGAGCUGUGACAGUUGAGAUGCAAACCCACUUAAAUCAAUAUGUAAAAUUCUUUUCCCCAAGAGAAAAAAAAUCUACAUGAAGAGGUAUUUGCAAAAAGUUUUAAAAUCUAAAAGGAAAUCCACGUUCUAAAAAGCUACAAGAAAAAAGCAUUAAAAACACUGACAAAAUUGGUACUUUUGAUAUGGAAAGUUCUGAGAUGUUAUCAAUUUUAGUGUUUUAAUGUUUUUUUGGUCAGCAAGUUCACUGUGGAAGCAUAUGGUAAAAACCAUAUAAUCCAUCAAAAUUACCAGCCUCCUAAUUUUGAAAAAAAUUACAUGUGAAUGAUUACUGCUUUUUCACAGGAAUGUUCUUGCUUUAAUGCUACUUUAUUCUGAAAGAUGAAGUGCAGAGUAAACCAGGGAAAAUGUUCCUUUUAGGUACCCUUCUACAGCAAAAAGACCUCUUGAUUCUUCUAUGAUCUCUUGGUUCCUUCUGAUGAGUAGGCAGGUGACCAAGUUCCUUCAUGAGAGCAGUGAAAGACAAUGGAUUGAAGCUCUAGAAGAAAGGUUUGUUAUAAACUGAACCACUCUUCUUCCAAAGGCAGGAUAUGUAACAGAAAAAAACAAGUGACAUUCUUGAGGCACGGCACUUCUGCAUUUUCUGAUAGAAUACAAGAAAUCACAACUGCCUACAAAAUUAUUUUCCUCUUUUUCUUGAAAUACACUGUAUUUCCACACCUUGACUAACUCAAGCUUUCUAUUAGCUCAAGCUAUGCAAAAUAAGGCACAAAAGCACUUAGUAGAGUGCUGAAUUUCACAGCAUUUUAAUGAAACACACAACUAAGUUACAGGGAUUCCCAAAGUAUUUCCUUUGACUUCUACAGGGAAAUCAUAUAUUGCUGAAGCUCCUUAUUAUACAUAAAUUUCUUGCUAAGUCUUACACAGCCAGUCAGGGAUGCUAGGCCUUCAGAAGCCCUUAGGUAAGUGUUCACAGUACCUGUUGUAAUGCUUAUUCCACUUUCUGCUCCCCCAGCUGUCAGGAAAAUAAUUGAUUUUCAAUAUGAAAUCAAUUUAUUUUCUCAAUAUGGAAUCAAUCUUUCAAAUGCUAGUGUUCCUUACUUGCCUUUUCGUUGGAUACCAAAAACCACAGGCUCCUUGCAGAAGACAGCCCUGAUCUGGAAUGCAGUUUCUUACAAUAAACACGUUCCACCCCAUGGACCAUCCCCUUUCCUGUCAGUUUAAAUGCAGCCGUGCUUGAGCCAAAGAAUGAAAUUCAGUCAGACCUCUGAGGUUAAGUGACAGAAAGCAAAAGGCAUCACUGCAGCUCUAAGGGAUACACUGAAGAGUGUACAUGCCCUGCAGAGUAUGAUGCAUCUCCCAUCUCUGUGACCUCCUCCACAGACUGGGAAACAAUAUAGCCACAUAUGGUUCAACAGGACUAUUGCCACAAUUUGGGUCUCUGUCAACAUACCACUGAAAGUCAGCUUAAAUCGCUUUUACUAUUUAUGUUCUGUUAAUUUUGUAGGCCUCUCAUAAACAAGACCAGUCAAAACAAGAGUAAUUUCAGCUGCUUCCAGAUCAAAUGCAUCAAUAUCUGUAAAAGUGUCAAGAAUAUAUUCUACCAGAGAUGAAACAGAAUUCAUCUAGCUUUCUGUAGGUCAUUAUGCUGGUGAAGUGUGAUAAACUGUACUAAAGAGUCUUCUUAAAGCUUUGGAUUUAAGCUGUGAGAUCACAAAUUUCCCAUUUCAUAGAGUCACAAUUCCAAAUUUUUUAGUAUUAUAACUAAACAAAGGCUGUUUUAAAUGCAAAUGUUUUAAAUGCAAGACAAUGAAUACCUAUAUAAUGGUAGGCUGGAAAAAAGUAAUGUGAAAUCACUUUCAAACACACUAAUAGCGUACAACCAGGUACAACUAGUGUACAAUCAGUAUACACUCUAGGUACAAAUAAUGUACAAUCUACCUUUAAAGCAGAAAUUGCACCUUUAAAGCCCAUUUUGCCAAUUUAAAUAAAUAUUUUACAGAAAGGAAAUUAUGCAGUAUUCAACUUCCCCCCUCCACACUGCCAAACAAAAGCAAUUGAUUCAAAGACUCCUAUGAAGCUUAUAUUUUGCUUGUGUAUUAACUAUCAGGACAACCCUGUAUUGUCUUAUUUGGUUAUUGGUAUAUAGACAUUAUUAACAUCUUCCCUAUACAAUCCCUAGUUUGUUAAGACUAUUAUGAGAA